GGCUUGUCAUGGUUUGCGCCAUCUUUCUUUGAGUGAAAUAGUUUCGUGCAAUGGCAGAGGAAGAAGAUGUUCUUGAUAGUUGGGAAGAUCUAGGAGAUAAUGAGGAGGCUAUAGAUAAAAAGAUAGAGAAGAUGAAGACAAAAAUAAAAGCUGAUGAAAGUAUACGAAAUCGUGAUGCUGAUGAUUUUACUAUACCCAAGCUAGAGGAAGACACUGUUAGGACGCAAUAUCAGCCAGCAGUUAGAAUAUUAAAACGGAACCCUAACCCAGUAGAGACUCAGGCAAAUGGAAGUGCAAAUAGAGAUGCCAAACCAAUGAAGACUUUAGAGCAACGAGAAGCGGAAUACGCAGAGGUCAGAGCCAGGAUAUUUGGGACUGACGGUGGCUCAGGAGAUGGGGAGCCGAGCACUGUGGAAUUAGAACGAACCCCAAGACUUUUGGAGCACCAGAUGAACAACGUCCGUCUCUCCGACAAUGUGGUACUCAGGCAGCCAAAGGGUCCAGAUGGGACGAAAGGAUUUGGAUCAAAGACAUAGUAUACUGUGCUAAAAUUUGAUGGACUUUUAUCAAAAUGUUUCAAGAUGAUUUUGCAAGGAUGUGAAGAUCAUGGGAAAAAUGGUGGGGCAGCUUGAGAGAAUUACUGACUCAGAGGCAGCUUGGAUGAUUUGGAAAAUUAAGUCGAUAUGGAAGAUUUGUGAACUGUGAAAGAUUGUUAGGGGCAGUUUUAAGGAAUAUUCUAUCAAAUAUUGGAUAGGAUGUUCACAUUUGUGUCAGUCAAAAAGGUUCCAUUUAGUAUUUAACUAUAUUUUACCUAAUGACUGACAAACAAAACUUGUCCAUUGAAACUGUCAUUCCAAUUGACCUUAAAUGACCUAGAAGGUCAAUGAUCUGAAUUGACACCCCCAUAGGUCAUUAACCUCUGCCAUCACCACCAAGAGACAAACAUUCUUGCCCGUUGUUUUGCUGAUAAUAUUUUAAGGAGUGCGCAGUGACGAAAGUCUUGGAUCCCAUUGGAGCUUUUUCUUCUUCUUUUUUUUUUUGAAAUGUGGUGUGACAGGAAUGAAUCCUUGUGUCCACCAUGCUUAUGAGCCCCUGUGCUUGUAAAUGCUCCCUCCCAGUCCCCCCCC